AUGUCUCUCGCUUUUUUUGUCUCCUUUUCCAUUUCUCUCAUCCUCCCCCCCCCCCCCUAUCUCAGGCGUAACGCGGUGGAUGCGUUCCGUGUGAACGUGAUCCACGCCCGGCAGCAGGUUCGAUCCCCGGUGACCAACAUUGCCCGAACCAGCUUCUUCCACGUCAAGCGCUCCAACAUCUGGUUGGCGGCCGUCACCAAGCAGAAUGUCAACGCUGCCAUGGUGUUUGAGUUUCUUUACAAGAUGUGCGACGUCAUGACGGCCUACUUCGGCAAGAUCAGCGAGGAGAACAUCAAGAACAACUUUGUGCUCAUCUACGAGCUGCUGGACGAGAUUCUGGACUUUGGCUACCCUCAGAACUCAGAGACCGGAGCUCUGAAGACCUUCAUCACCCAGCAGGGCAUCAAGGGACAGCACCAGACAAAAGAGGAGCAGUCUCAGAUCACCAGCCAGGUGACGGGGCAGAUCGGCUGGCGUCGUGAAGGCAUCAAGUAUCGCCGCAAUGAGCUCUUCCUGGACGUACUGGAGAGUGUGAACCUGCUCAUGUCCCCACAAGGCCAGGUCCUGAGCGCCCACGUGUCGGGCCGAGUAGUUAUGAAGAGCUACCUGAGCGGAAUGCCCGAAUGCAAAUUUGGCAUGAACGACAAGAUUGUGAUCGACAAGCAGGGCAAGGGAGCAGCCUCUGAUGACGCGGGGAAGAGUGAUUUAGGGGGAGGAAGCACUGGGAAGCAGUCCAUAGCCAUCGACGACUGCACCUUCCACCAGUGCGUGCGCCUCAGUAAGUUUGACUCGGAGCGUAGCAUCAGCUUCAUCCCCCCCGAUGGAGAGUAUGAGCUCAUGAGGUAUCGCACCACUAAAGACAUCAUCCUGCCGUUCCGAGUCAUUCCUCUGGUCAGGGAGGUGGGCCGCACUAAACUGGAGGUCAAGGUCGUCAUCAAGUCCAACUUUAAACCUUCGCUGCUGGCCCAGAAGAUCGAGGUGCGUAUCCCAACACCCCUGAACACCAGCGGCGUGCAGGUGAUUUGUAUGAAGGGAAAAGCCAAGUACAAGGCCAGUGAGAACGCUAUUGUCUGGAAGAUCAAACGCAUGGCUGGGAUGAAGGAGUCUCAGAUCAGCGCUGAGAUCGAGCUGCUGCCAACCAACGAUAAGAAGAAAUGGGCGCGGCCUCCCAUCUCUAUGAACUUUGAGGUCCCUUUUGCUCCAUCUGGUCUGAAGGUGCGCUACUUGAAGGUGUUUGAAUCCAAGCUCAACUACAGUGACCACGACGUCAUCAAAUGGGUGCGGUACAUCGGCCGCUCGGGCAUCUACGAAACGCGCUGCUAAAGUUUCUCUCUUCAGGCAGCGAACUGACCACUUUCCUCCCAUAUUUCCUGUUUUUUCUUCUGCCCCCUUCCUACGUUGUCUCUUGAUCCCUCAGUCCUUAUAGCUUCUCUCAUACACCCCACCCUGUGUUGGAGAUUGAAUUUACAUCAUUAAAAAAAAGUGAAUAUGAUAUAAUGCUCAGAUAUAUGCAAAAUGUGAACCAUUGUAUCAUGUAUAUAUAUAUAUCUCGUGGUGAUGAGUAAACCUGUAAACCAACUGGUGUCCGAAAGGAAAAACACAAGUGAUGCAGACGUGGACCAGGGGGAGAGGUCUGGAGGCGCCUUUGGAGUGCUCUCUUGUGUUUAUUCAGUGUUAUUAUUCCACUAUCUACUCUCCAGUUAGAAGUCCUAGAAGUAAUCCCUGCUAAGAUCAUUUGUAGCUGUUGUGGUUAAAUGAAUCCUGAUGUAGUUCCUGUGUAUGAACUUGUCUCCGUAGAGUCUGCUCUUUAAAUCGAGAUGCAUUGUCCGAUUCGGUAUUGUGGACUGAUUGAUAUUUGAUCCGUGCUUUCUGGGAACGAUCAUUUGGAUCGAAAGUCUCCAUUCAAAGUCUCUAAUGGCUAGUUGGUAAAGAGAAGGAAUUGAUAGUGACCAAGCUGUUCCACUAUCAGUUUUACCAGUGAGUAAAGGAAAAAGCAAACUACAGUUGUUUUAGGUCUGACAUCAUCCCAUUAAUCUAGUGUGUGACCCAAAUGUCCUGUUUCCAAAGCACCAAGAUCUUCUUUGUCCCACUUCUGUUUCAAAGACGCUUUGGGGGACAUGUGGCACUGGGAGUGUGUUUGCAGUGAGGUGAGGUCUCCCCCUGGUGUUUGUCUCGUCACUGUCUGCUUCUUCAUGUUUGUAGCCCUGGUGACCGUUCUGUCCAAUAAAAUCUGACUAUGUAACCACCCCCA